AUGUUCAUACUGAAGGGAUAUUACGAGUCUGUGUACAAUGCGAGUUGGCAUCAUGUCAAGGAAGUUCCCGACGGCGAUGAGCGAAAGAAAGCGGGGACGGGAAUGGGAAUGAAGGUGGAGAAGGGGAAACCGGAACAGUCAUGGACGUACAAGAAAGUUGGCUACACCCUCGAAAAGGAUGACGGUGUGGAGCAAUCCGGUAAAGCACCUCCCAGGAUGAUGGUGCUUACCUCGGACAAGGGAUGGCCGUACUCGUGGGAAGAGGAUGAAUUCAUUCGUGACUGCCAUGUGAACUGUGAGGUGGAGCGAGUGUGGCGGAUCGUUGAGCAUUAUCUAACCGAGUGGUUCAGCACUCGCGGUGAGCCCUACUUUACGCCUGGGCGGCUUCUGUUAAUUGGGACGCCCGGGAUAGGGAAGUCGAUGAAUGCCGGUUCGUACCUCCUCUACCAGCUGCUGCACUGCGAUGUCGAGAAACUCCCUGUGGUUGUGUACGUUAUUGGGAAUGAAACAUUCUUAUUUGAAAAGACCGACAAGAAGGUGACAAAAUACAUGGGUGGGGCCAGUAUUGAACAUGUUCUUGCUUCCCUGUCUCUCCGUGGGGUGAAUGCGUAUAUUAUAUACGACGUGGCAAAAGAUGGCCGUAAACCGUAUCCGAUGCCUAAUUCUCGGGUAUGGGGCAUGAUUGUGGUGACAUCGCCAAACGAGGACAACUUUGGCGCAUGGGAGAAACACAGGUCACCGAAGCGAAUCAUAAUGAAUUGUCCUGAAAAAGACGAUGUGAAAGCGAUGUGCGUUUGGAUGAAGCGCAAUGAGCCAACUGAGCAAGCUGGGUACUGGAGGAAUAUAAAUCGUCGAAUGGAAGAAGUGGGACCAAUUCUUCGCUACAUCUUUGAUGAAAGCAAAUACAAUGGUCGGGUUCAAUCGUGCAAAGAUACCGUUUGUAAACUGAACCGCAUCGAUGCCGAAUAUUACCUUCAUUUCGGAACUACGCAAAUGUUGGGUGGUGACAAAGUGUCUCACAAACUUGUAAGGAUCGUCCGAGUACGAGGAGUACGCAAUAUUGAAUCGACCUUUAAUGGACUGAUGUCUCCUCAUCUCGGAAAUUUAACUUUAUGCAAAUUGGCGGAGUUAAUGCCACCGAAUGAUUUUAUUUUACUCAUAUUGGCCAUCAAGGACGAUCUCUUAUCAAAAGCCCUUGAAAAGUAUUCUGUGUUUACGUUUUUGAGCGAGGCCUUUGUAAAUGCAAUAAUACCGAAACUCAGGGAGCUGAAACUGGAAGAAGAUGCUCCGCCACACCGCUGUGCGCUGGAAUCACGUCCACAUGAGCGCCCUCUCAAGCCCCUUCCUUUACCGUUACUGGAAAAUUUUAAGAAGAAGAUUGAAAUAGAGUCUCGGGUGCUGUACAAACCGGUGGCCCAAAACUUUCCGUUGGUGGACGCCUUUUUCUUCAUGGAGUCAAAUCCGAAGACCAUGGUUGGGCUGCAGAUUACUACGGCGAGUGCGCAUCGCACCAUACCCAGCACCGUGAAUCAGUUCAAAGAAAAAAUGGCGACAUAUUUUAAUGGUUGGGAGGAAUUUUCCCGAGACAUGUCGUGGGAGAUUAUUUAUAUACAACACGCAGACAGCACGCCCAUGACUAGCUGGCAGAGAUGUGGUCCCGUCAAUACCGAUAAUUUGAGCGACGAUGAAAAAGAAAUUGUGGCGUUCUGGGAGAAGGAGGUACACCAGUACCAAGUUUCUGUAUCAUCCAGAGACUUUAAAAGAAAAGAAGCUCUCCCAACUGUGGAAGAAGAACAAGAACAGGAAACAGAAUAG